CAGCCUCGUACGUUGCUAAUGUUAAAUAAGGGACUACAGAUAGCGGAGCAGUGGCUGAGAGGAGGUGCAUCUUGACAAUACUUCGGCCGCUGCCCGCAUCAAGUAUGUAAUUCCAUGUAGGACCGAUUCACGGCAACGUAGCGUCGCUCCCCCAACGGACAACAUCAAUUCGUAUGCCCACCAAACAGCACUAUUUACAACUGCUGCAGUUUCAACACAGAAGAACAUCAAGAUGAGUGCACACUACUGUCUCCGUUGGAACAAUCAUCAAAAUAACAUGAUAAAUAUCUUUCACGAUUUAUUAAAGAAAGAAGCUUUUACCGACGUGACUCUUGCCGUGGAAAACCGUACCAUCAAGUGCCACAAACUGAUCCUAGCCGCGUGCUCGCCUUACUUACGAAAGAUUCUCGAAGAAUCGCCGUGCAAACAUCCGACGAUCAUAUUCAAAGACAUCCAAUACAUCGACUUGCAGGCAUUAAUCGACUUUAUGUAUAACGGCGAGGUGAACAUUAUGCAGGAUCAGCUUGCCGGUCUGCUGAUGACCGCGGAAUUUUUAAAAGUGAAGGGUUUAGUAGAUAUGAACAGUAGAGAUGACGACAAAACCCCGACCCAGCUCAGGGAUGUGUCACCACCGCCCGCUAUCAGUACCACAAACAGAGAUACAGUAAUGGCGUCUAGUAGCAGCGUCCACUCGUCACCGCCGCACUCCACCUACAGUGAUAGAAGCCAAUAUUUACCGAGAACCGAUACGAUUUCUUACUUCUACCGACCCCCCGCAGUGGGCUUGAACACUUCGCCCGAGUGCACCACCCACCAUAACUACGAAGCCUAUGAUAAUCUUAUAGGAAGAACCUUAACAGAAACCUUUAACAAGAAUCGAUUGAAAUUAAGCGACACGCCGAUACUGCGUACGGCGCUCGGUCAGAACUCGCUGCUGUCGUCCGCUCUUGACAAUUUGCACUAUUAUCACAAUCACCCUAUGAACAACAUGAUCUCUACUAGUAUCGACCUGACUCACAGAAGGGAAUCACCUCUCAGCCCGCCCGACAUAGAUGAAGAAGAGAAAAAGUCGCCGAAACAGAGAGAACCAACAAAAGAGAAAUCAACAGAUCUGCCUGCGAAACCUGAGUGGAAACGAUACAAACAGUACACCCGAGCGGAAAUCGAUGCGGCGAUAACAGCGGUGAAAGAAGGCAUGAGCGCGGUGCAAGCGGCCCGUAAGUACAAUGUACCUUCGCGCACUCUUUACGAUAAGGUGAAGAAACUCGGUAUCGCGCGGGUCAAGCGCUCGUCUACCAAUGGCAACAAUACGGCAAGUUCCUUUUACGAUACCGACGAUAACUUGAACGGCAUUUAUAAUACUCCGUCCGAAACCGACAACAAAAACGGUUGCAAUGUCAAGAAAAUACGACAGGAUCACGAUUCGGCAUCAGACUCAAGCGCGCGUUGCGUUGUAAGUCCGGUUAUACGUUACGCUAAUCAAAUGCAGCAGCUAAGUAUCAAAGACGAGACAGGGGAGAAAUACGAGGUGGAGGAUCUCUCGAUGUCGAGUCGUAAGUUUGACACGCCGGUGGUGACAUUGAAACCUUCCACACAGGAUAAGAUCAAGGAAGAAACACAGGAUGCCGAUCAGCAAUCGGACAACGACCAAAAUUAGGCUUCUCUCUCUCUCUCUCUUUUCAUUUUCAUCGCUUUUCUGUUUAAAAUCACGUAGAAAACAUGGCGAUACUUUUCCUCCCUUCCGUGAUAGGACGGCUUUUAGUUGAUACUUGUGUAACCAAAAAAAAAAGAAUUUCAUCCAAUAGAUCAUUUUACAUAUUUUUUUUUUUUUUGUAAUUUUGCACAGACGUAGAAGCGAAGACACAUAUGUAUCAAUAACGUUGACAUCAUUCAUCUAUAAAAGAGAAAAUCAAAUGCCUAUAUACAAAGAAUAAAAGACUGAGUGAAAGAAGACUGAAACGCAAGCAACCAAUCGUUAAAGUUGUUUGUUAAAUAUGUUAUUUAUUUUUGUUUUGUGUUUUAUUGUAUUAGCAUGCUAACGUUAAUAAAACAAUGAAAUAUUAACAGAGAGAUAAUUAUACAAGAACUAUAUAAAGAGAGCUAUGAGAGAGAAAUUAGAAAAGAAACGAGACAUUAUUUACUUUAUUUACCAUCUUAAUAUUUUUAUGUCUCAGAUGCGAAAAAAAUUUGAACUUAUACAUAACUUCUAUAGAAAGAAUGUGUUCAAAAUGCACUGCUAUUACUGACAAUGUGUAUAAUUUAGAGAUUACUUCACAAAGGUUAGUUCACUAAACUAUAUAGUUCUGGUACUAGCAGUUUAUUUUACAAUCAAAUUGAAAAUGAGCGCAAUUUGCUACGCAAUUUGCCCGACAUUGUUUGUUGUGAGUGAAUAAAUACAGUGAAAAAUUUUGUUAGCGAGAUCGCAAGUUAAUUAAUUUUUAGAAACCAUGUGGUAUUUUUUAAGUUAGAGAUAUGCUUUUUUUUUAAAUUAGAGAUACGUUUUUAUCCGGGAUUUAAUUGCAAUAAGGACUGACUUUUUACACUGCUCAAACACAUUUUGCGAUUUACACUUUCAGAUAUAUAAAAAAAAAUAUAUCUCAUAGGGCAGUUAUGACUCAUAUAAAUAUACCUCAUAGAAUAUACU